GAGCUGACACCGGAAGUGCUGCGUGAUGUCACUUCCGUCGCCCUGGCAGGCGCCGAAAUGGAUGCUCCGUGGGCUCGGGAGGAGCUUCGGCGGCGUUACCUGUUUCCUUCCGAAGCGGGGCUGGACUCCGAGGACGACGCCAGACCGUCAGAAACCUCCACAGCUGUUGAGAAAAAGGAGAGACCUCUUCCAAGACUUAACAUUCAUUCUGGAUUCUGGAUUUUGGCGUCCAUCGUUGUGACCUAUUAUGUUGACUUCUUUAAAACCUUAAAAGAAAAUUUUCACACUAAUAGCUGGUUUCUCUUUGGUGGGACCCUGUUGUUUGUCAGCCUGUCAGUCGCAUUUUACUGCAUCGUCUAUCUGGAAUGGUAUCGCGGGAUUGAAGAGUAUGAUGUCAAGUACCCGACGCUGGUGCCCAUCACCACCGCAACUUUCAUUGCGGCAGGAAUUUGCUUCAACCUGGCUCUGUGGAACGUGUGGUCUUUCUUCACUCCCUUGCUGCUGUUCACUCAGUUUAUGGGGGUCGUGAUGUUCAUCUCGCUUCUCGGAUAAGCUCAAGACUUAAGAACAUGACCAUUCAAAGGGAGCAAAGCCUCCAGCUUGUGCCCCUGACAUGAAGGAGAAGCCUAGUGUGCACGGGUGUCUCUGAAGAGUGGUUUCUGUGGGAAAAUUGUGGCUUUCUGAAUCUGCUGUUGAAAUCAGAAUAAAUGACUUUCUCUUGAGUGUUCUCAAACAAGUGAUUUGUUUGCAGUUUGUGUGACACAGAACUCAGGAGUGUGACUGUCAGAUUUUGGAGACAGUGGUGGGUCUUUACAGGAGCACAGUGUGCCCACAGUUUUACAGACCCUCAGGGCUAGCUGCCCUUGUAUAAGGUGACUGGACGCAAGUAUGAAAGAAUUGUGUUGUCGCCUUUAGUAGUCACUGGAUAGCUCAUAUUUGUCUCAGCUUUUUAGGGAGAGGACAAACAGAAGCAUUUUAUGGUUUCCUGCUACUUUGGAUUUUACCAUUAUAUAAGUUAUUUGGCUUUAGCAUAUUUUAACAUAUGUACUUUUAAUAAUGUUUCAGUAUAUAUAUAUUUUUUCUGUAACAUCAAUAAAAUAUUUUUAUAACUUU